GAUGCCGCCAGGAGGGCUGCGGGGAAACAGCUGCCGGACAGAUGAGGAGCGCGAGGUGGGGGGCAGAGAGGCGGGGUGCGGCCGGAUCCCAGGCCCCAGGUGCUGGGUCUCCAGCCUCUUAAGAGCUCAAGUCACCCGUUCCAGGUGGCUCCACCGCGCCUCUUUCUGGGUGGGAAACAGGUCCAGGAAGGUUGUCCUGAGAGAAUCACAAGACCUCCCUGGGCCAGCUUGCUGGACUACAUAGCCUACAGCAUUCCUUUGAUCUACUGAUGCCACUGUCAGGAAGGGAAUGAGGACAGUCUGAACCUGUGGGCAUGGCUGACGCUGGAGCAGAUGAGCUCUCCUCCAGGUCAGAGAGUCCUGAGCUGGAGGGCAGGAGCUCGGAGGACCGAUCACUGCUCCAUCAGAGGCUGGCCAUCAGAGAGCUCAUUGACACAGAGGUCUCCUACUUGCACACGCUCCGACUCUGUGCCUCUGACAUCAGGAGCCGUCUGCACCAGCAAUUUCGUUGCUUCCAGCUGCCACCUGGAGAUCUGGAAGUCCUGUUCUCGAACAUUGAUGACAUCAUCCAAGUGAGCAGCAGAUUCCUUCAAGGGCUGCAGGAGACAGCCUGCAGGGAAGAGGAACAGGCGAACCUGAUUGGUAACUUAUUCCUAGAAUUCCAAGAGGAGUUUGAACAUGUCUAUAAAGUCUACUGUGCCAACUACGACCAAGCCCUGCUGCUGGUCAAGGCGUACCGGAAGGAGCCAGAGCUGCAGAAGGCGAUCCAGGGCAUCAUUGAAGCAGCAGUGCCUCAAGCUGGACCUUCGGGUCUCAGUUUCUUACUUGUAAUUCCUCUGCAGAGGAUUACCAAGUACCCCCUCCUGCUGCAGAAAAUCCUGGAGAAUACACCCACGGAUGCCCGUGCCCACCCUGUCCUUCAGAGAGCUGCCUCUGCCCUCCAGGAUGUGAACAGCAAUAUCAAUGAGUACAAGAUGCGCAAGGAAGUGGCUUUAAAGUAUACCAAGGUGGAGCAACUGAGCCUUCGGGAGCGGCUGGCCCGCAUCAACACACAUACUCUUUCCAAGAAGACCACCAGACUGAGCCAGCUGCUGAAGCAGGAGGCGGGGCUGGUACCCAGAACAGAGGACAAGGAAUUCGAUGACUUGGAGGAGAGAUUCCAAUGGGUGUCUCUGUGUGUGACGGAGCUGAAGAGCAAUGUGGCUGCUUACAUGGAUAAUCUGGAGGCUUUCCUCUGCUUCCGGCCACACGAAUCGAGUCUGGACAUUGCCGGGGGUCCUGCUGAACAGUACUGCAGUCUAGCAAGGGACCUUCAGCUCGAGGCCUUCCUGCAGUUUAAGCAGCGACUGAAAGGCCUAGUAUGGGACCCACUGUGUAGCCUGGCCAGAGCCCUGGUUGGUCCUCAUAACUUGAUCAAGAAGCGUCUGGACAAACUCUUGGACUUCGAGCGAGUGGAAGAGAAACUGUUGGAUGUGGGCAGUGUGACCUAUGAGGAGGAGGCAGCCCGGCACACGUACCAGGCACUCAACUCCAUGCUAGUGGCCGAGCUCCCGCAGUUUAACCAACUAGUCACACAAUGGCUGGGCCAGAUCCUGUGCACAUUCGUGUUCCUGCAGAAGGACCUUGCUGAUCAGGUCCUGCGAAGGGCAGAGAGCAGCAUGGCCCUGCUGCCUCACUACCACGUUUCGGAGCCGGACUUCCGGAAGCUGCUGGAGGACACACUAGGCCAGAACAGCAGCCAGCUCCGCUUUGUUAAAGAGAGCUUUGAGAAGGUCCUGCCACCCCCUACCACUCAGCCACUCCUCCCAGGCUCUGAACACCAGCUUCAGUCUCUCCUGACCCGAUACGGCCCCGGGAAGCUAUACCAGGUGACGAGCGACAUCAAUGGGACUGGGCCUCUGGACUUGACACUGCCACGGGGUCAAAUUGUGGCCCUUCUACAAAACAAGGAUACCAAAGGCAACAGCAGUCGCUGGCUGGUGGACACAGGGGGACACCGGGGAUAUGUGCCAGCUGGAAAGCUCCAGCUGUACCACCAUAUCAUCCCCAGUGAGAAGGAGCUCGGGGGCCGGACAGGCACUCACGAAGACUACUGGCUUCCAGCUCCAGAGCCCACCCAGCCCUCUGUCCCCACUGUCCCAACUGUGACCCAGGUGGUGGCAGUGUACCCUUUUGUGGCCAGGAGCACCCACGAACUGAGUCUCCAGGCAGGCCAGCCGGUAACCAUCCUAGAAGCCCAGGACAAGAAGGGGAACCCAGAAUGGAGCCUGGUGGAAGUGAAUGGACAGAGGGGAUACGUGCCUUCCAACUUUCUGGCCAGGACCCCGAGCCCAGCUCCCUGGGGCUGGAGCCUGACCUCUUAGCACGCCCUUUUUGGAGCCCCCAUUUCUAGGGAAAGGGAGAGGCUUCAAGGCUGUGUGACCUAGCAGGCUUGAUGCAAAGCACAUGGGGUGGGAGAGGAGCGGAGGGCACUCAGAAGGCAGGAGGAAGUGGUGCCGAGGCCUUACAGAAGCCUGGUGUGGGUGGCCACAGUGGGCGGUCC